AUGGUGAAUAAUAACGAAGAACACGGAGAAUCUAUCGAUCCUUCGGAGAUGGAUGAUGACCUGCAACGCGCACUAGAGCUAUCAUUAAGGGAAUUUAAGAAAAGCUCUCCUAAUAACCUAGAUUACAACAAUCAGACAUCAGGCUUCUUUGGAUCUGUCAAAAAUAAAAUGCAGAAACAAAAGUUGGCAGAUAAAAUACCCAACGACAAAGUAUCGAUGAGGUUCAUACUUGAUGAAAUGGACAAGUUUCAUGAAAUCAUCAAAAAUGGAGUGGACACCGCUGGGGAACAGAAUAUAUGCACGGCGAAGCCCAUUACUGAAAAAACUGCUAAAGUUUCAAUCUCACGCAAUCAACUCACAGAUCUCCUAGAAACUUUAUUUGGAACGGAAGAAAAUAGGCAAGCAUCCUCGGACAACAUUAGAGGAUGGUGCCGACAGGGGUUCAGUUUUCAACCAAGUUCACAUCUCUUCUGGGGACUGAAACAACAAUACGGAGGACCUUGUGGAGUACUAGCCUCAGUACAGUCUUUUAUGCUACAGUGCCUUCUUUUCCAUAACAGCGUCUACGGUAGUCUGGAACUUCUACAAAGAACUGAACCUGCCGAAAAUGUACUCAUCAAAUUGAGGGAAGUAUACUUCAAUUUCAUCAGACUCGAGUACCCGGAAUUCCCAGAAGAAUGGCUUCAUCUACCAGCGCUAUUGGAAUCACUCUGUGUUGUUCUAUACAAUGCUACGAGAUUUUCGAAAUAUAAGAUUAUACUCUUUGAACCGCUGAAACGACAGAAUUUGACAAACGCUCUUCACUCCAUCAUAUACGACACAAACUACAUUUAUGUGGAAUUGGACAGUAUUGCCAAAGUAGCCAGCCAUUUCCUUAAAAACAUACACCUCCUCAUGUCAGAAAUGGGUGUCAUGUCAUUUACGCUGUCGGUACUCGCAACCAGAGGAAUAGAAAAUUUACGCAACGAUAUGGAUGACCCGACGCUACCACUCAUCGGAAUAUAUGGACACUCUUCCCAAGAACUUGUCAAUUUGUUGUUACAGGGAAAAGCAGUCUCAAACAUUUUUGAUGGCGAAAAGGUGUUGCAGGAUGGCGACAAGACGCUAACGUAUAAACUAAGGGGGAUAACUGGUGAAGGAAAUGUUGGAUUUCUAACAGAAAGAGAGGCUAGCAGGCAUUGUCAAGCGGGGUCGUAUUACAAAAACCCGAGGUUCCCAGUAUGGGUCACAGGGAGUUUCAGCCAUUACACUGUUCUAUUUGCCGUGGACAAAAUGUGUUGUAGACGUACGGAAAGAGAAAUACAAACGGAAAAUGUACUCAAUGUUUGGGGAUGCCUAGAUACUGAAGAUAACAAGUUCAUCACAGCAGAUCUACUACCCGCGCUUUUAGAUAUGCUUGGUGUACAAGCGCUUCAAAGGGAGGCGGCGUACCAUGUUAUAGCAGAUUCCAAUCUUGUUUUACAAGGAUCGUUCAUGGAGUGGUACCUCUCUCGUAUGGCACCAGGACGUGAUGACACACGUGGAAAAGAAAUAACACUCUUUCAUUACAACGGACAGGAUACCAAGUUACCACUAACCAAGGUCUCAGUGAAAUAUCUAACGGAAUUUGAACUACAGCGAUUACGUAAAGAAAUGAGCGUAGAAACUACCUACGGUAUAGAUGCAACAAUUGUUGGAUUUACACAAAGCCAUGCGACAGAUUUGGCAAAGACCAUCUGGACACGCUGGCCAAAUACACGAGUAGAUACAUUGCCAAUCAAGAUGACAGUCGAUGUACAAAGUCUCGAAUAA